AUGUUAGCAGGCAAUGCACAAAUGAUUAAUUCCUUACAUUUCUUCUCAAAAAAGCGUACAUUCUUAAAACGAGCCAACAAUAAGAAUAUUCCGAUUCAAGCUAUUGGUCUCUCUCUUUAUGAGGAUCUUAUUUCUCCUAACCCUUCGAAUAUUAAUUCAAAUCAUUCAACGACAGAUUCAAUUAAUAAUGGUUCGCUUUCAACGAUUGGCACACAAGUGAUAAAAACUCAAUGGCUUCAUUUUGGACCUUCUCAUGCAACAACGUCUCCAUUGUUAGGCAAAAAUAUCCUUAUCGUAGACGAGGUCGAUGACACUAGAACUACACUUGCUUAUGCUGUACAAGAACUAACCAAAGAUAUAGAGGAAGAGAAACGUAAAUUUUUACAAGAUAAUUCAGAACAUGUCAAUAUUAAAGUUCCCGAAACAAAGUUCGCUAUAUUUGUACUUCAUAAUAAAAAGAAGGAGAAAAGAAUGGAAUUGCCUGACCUUUCUAUAAUGAAAGAAGGAAGAUAUUUUGCGGCUAAAGAAACACCCGAUCGUUGGUUAGUUUAUCCUUGGGAAGCUAUUGAUAUCGAAGAACAUACAAAAAAGAGUUUGACGCAGGAACAAGAAGCAUUAGAGAUGUUACAAUAA